AAAUGCAACGCAACAAUCUUUUUAGUUUGUUGCCAAGUACACGUCGGCUAAUAGAAGUCCGAGUCUUUUCCCUGGCCCCAUUAGCAUGGAUGGGUAUGGGCUGUGUUAAUUGCACUUGGACAAAUUGGUCACUUUGGGAAAUUGGCAUAUGAAAAUGAGAAAAUUAGAUUGUUUUCCUUGCCAGAACAAUAUUAGGUCGUGGACAUCAAGCAGCUCAGCACGCAUAUUGAAUCUAAAGGCUAUUGAUUUGUCAUUUGCAGUGAAUUGAAACUUAUAAACUGACAAUGAAAUUAUAUGGCAGUUAAGUAAGUUAUAAAGUACAUAAUGAAGAGCACACAAACUUAAUUUUCUGGCCCCACAAAGCAAAUAAAAUAAACCUAAUUUAAAACUGCAAGCAAUUUAUUUUAAAAAAAAUUUAUAAUUCAUGGAGGUGAAUUGAACUUGAUUUGUUAGGUUGAUUCCUAAAGUGUUAUGUGACCAUUUUUUUGGGUUUACAACUAACAAAAUUGGUUUGACAAAAAUGUUUUUGGUUAGUUAAAGAAAGUUACGUCUUUCUGUUGUGUCAUGCAAAAAACUUGCACCCUUUUUCGAUUGAGAGCCCUGAGCCAGGAAUCCUCAAAGCCGGCUGAAACCCAUCACCCACACGCACUCCGCCAGGAACCAUGGAAACGCGAGCUGGGAUAAGGGGACAAAGGAAAAAUAAAGAUUGAAGCCUGGCAAAUGUUUACAUAAUAUGGACCACAGCACCAUCCGCAGACGAGUCGAGGAGACUCUCCAGAUCCCAGACGGUAGGUGUGAUGUUUGAACUACACUCGACUGGGCCGGGCGCCUGCGUUGCCUUGUUCGUCUGUACUUUCCUUUAUUUUACUCCACUCCACUGCGCUGCGCUUUGCUCCUCUGUUUUACGGCCACUGUUUUUGCUUCGGCUGGCUGCCGGGCAAAGGCAAAUCCUGCCCAUCUCCAUCUGCAUCCUUGGGCCCUGGUUCUUCCAGCUGCAGCUCGGUAUCGCUGGUGUUAUUAACACUUCUGUUGACAUCCUUGGAGUCGCGUUUUGCGUCCUGAACACGGUGAAAUAUGAAAAGGUGUACUCGAGAUGAGACCAUCUAGUUAUGCACUAUUUCUGGUCCUCAAAAAACAUUGGAGCUGUACUGGGAAGAACUACAUAUUUCGGUGAUUUUAAUUCCAUUUAAGUUUUAGUUCUAAACACUGUUUUAUGAGGUUCAUGGGUCAAAUCACUUGCGCUAGUUAACGCAAAAAUAAACACAAAAUUGUAACAUUAAUAAAGGAUUUUCGAAUCACUCUAGAACAAACAGAUUAACAAUUUUUCUCUACUUUAAUCAUUAUAAGUUCAGUUGUUUUUUUUUAGCUCAGAUAACUUAAUGUAGAUUUUCCCAUUUUUAUCUCAUUAUUUUACAAUAUCAUAUAAAAAGUUGUGUACAACGUUUAGUUUCUGAUUUGACACUGGGUAACAUAGUCGUCGAUAAAAUGGGGUUUCGCUUUCUUUUUCCCCUCUUGUCAUUUCUUUCAUUUUUACUCUUUUUAUGUACUUAGCCGCCUUCUCAACUCAAUCUUUCCAUACGUGAAACAUUUUCAUUUUACUUUUGUGUGCAUGUAUGAAAUCUUUUUUUUUUUUUUUUUUUGCAUUUCUGAAAGCGACUCAAAGACCCAAAAACAACGUCGAAAAAAAAAAACACAUGAAAAAAAUAAUUCAUGUGUAUAUGAAUACGUAUUGUUGACAUAUUGAGAGAUUGCGGCAAUUUAGAGCAGACGACACCAUUUAAAAAGCCAUUAGGGUUCGCUCCGUCAGCUCAUAAUUACAAGCACAAUGGAAUCCCCCAUUAGUAGUUGGUUCGUAGCCAGCCAGUUAUCCAGUGGCCAAGUCAAGCGUCUUCCGAAUGUCUUUCCACAAGCUUAGCCUCCUCGUUUUCGGUUUACUGGCAAACUGCUUUUUGUGUGCCCAUGUGGUGCACGUGGAUCGGUUCGUCUUCACUGUCGAUGUUCAGGACCUGUUUGUGUCACAAAGUGCCUUUCUCGAGCAGGAGUACAAUCGCAGUUAUUUCUCGGGUCACAUAAUGAUCAAUCGGCCGAUCAAUGAGCUAACACUUCUUUCGUCAAUGGACAUUUUGCGCCCGCCGCGUCCGGAAAUGCGCCUAUAUAACGUUAAGCUAAACUUCUGUUCGAUUUUUAAUAAUGGCUACAAGAAUAAGUUCAUCAAAAUGAUGUACAAUAAUUAUGCAGAUUUUCUCAAUACUAAACCAAAGUGUCCACUAAAGGCGAAUUAUAACUACACCCUGACUAGGGCCUAUAUCGACGAGGCUUUGCUACCAGAUCUCCUUCCAGAGUGCACUUAUCGCAUGAAAAUGGCGUUUCAGCACAAAUCAAAGCUACUGGCUCAUAUGCAAGUUGAUGGAAGAUUGCUUGUGAAACAUUUUAGACCAUAAUAAUAUCCUAAUAAUUAUGUUCUUAAAUAAAAUAAGAAGCUUUUGAAUUUAUUUAUAGAAAAGUUUG